AAAGCAGACGAAACUGCGUUGCACCUUACACAUGGAUGGAGCCGCAUGACUUUACACAUUGUUUGUCAAGUUGCGUGCUUGCUUUUGCUGUUUGGGCCCGCGCUUGGAAGACCAGAGCCGACAUGUGAAUCUGGCAGCAGAGCAACGUCGCCAGAACUUUUACAACACGCAACACAUGCUGCCACGCGUGUGCCAGUAAUCAACUUCGAAUCUUCUGCGAGUGAAGCGCUUCCAAAUGUUGACCGGCCACAAGCUGGUGGGCCCCCAGAUUUGAUCCACAUAGGCGUCCUGCUGAAGGAUUUCUACGGCGCUGAUUUGCACAAUGAACAGUGGGAGGCUGACAUUGUGGUGAUGCUUCAGUGGUAUGAUCCUCGGGUUUCCGGCCUCGUGCCGAAGGACCAAAUUGGGAGGACCCUCUCCGAAGGACAGGCGAAGGACUUGAUGUGGACCCCAGAUGUCAUCGUGACAAACACCGAACUUCAAGGCAGAAGUGUCAUAUCUACCAGUUUCCAUAUAUCUGUGGAUGGCAUGGUCAACAAAACUCAACGGCUUCUGGUGAAGAUCAAGGAAAACUUUGAUGGCAAGGAGUUUCCGUACGAUCAGCAGGCGCUGCACGUGCUCUUGGCUUCAGCCUCUUACAUGACAGAUGAUGUGCAACUCGUGCCAAUGGUCACUGCCAACCUCUCCGACAUCGGGGCAAGCUCGUUUGACAAGUCUGAUUGGACAUUUCUAUUUCACGAUCUGAAGGUGUUCGAGGAGAGUGUGGGAUCUUUGAAAAAAAGCCGGGCCCAAUUUGUGAUGCAUGUGCUUCGAGAUGCAUCACCCUACAUGAGUAGCACUAUUUUCCCAGAGAUCAUGAUCGUGGUGCUGUCCUUCACAGUCUUCCUCUUUCCCGUGAACCCGGGCUUUGCGAUGCCUCGAGUUUCUUCCGCAGUUAUCGCUUUCUUAUCAAUGCUGACAAUAAGCACAAGGACAUCUGCCAUGCUUCCAGAAGUCCGUCGAGGCCUGGUGUGGAUGGAACUGUUUGAAGUAGUUUGCAAGAUGCUACUCUUCAUUGUGAUCAUGCUCAACAUCCUGGUGGAGACAGUAUUUCACUCAUGGCAACAACCAGAGCUUGCCAAGCAGUUGGUCUUUGAGCUGCGGUUGGCCUUUCCAGUGGUUGCCGGACUUUCACUGGCAGCAUGUUCCGUAGCCACUGGCAAGCACCUGGAGCUCUUCUGCGACGCUGUGCGCUCUGCCCUUCUUUUGGUAACGGCAAUCUUCAUCCUGUCCGUCUUUCGCCGAAGCCGGAACUACGCUUCAAUGCAGAAGUGACGAUGUCGCGGUUCUUGUUUGUCUACCUCAUACACCACUGUGUUUACUCCAUAUGUCGGAGCGGUUCGAGCAAACUCGUGAUGCACUCAUACGGAUUUAUGUUAUGCUUUGCGGAAAAA